AUGUCGAUAUCUUCGGCUCCAAAGCCUUUACCACCACUGGUCACGUCCGACCCACGGUUGUUCUACACCGUCAACGUCUCGGGCGAGAACUUUCUCCUCAGCCACUCUGCCCUCCAAUACGACUCUCCCAACUUCUUUACCGAUGUGUUCAUGAACCCACACAGGGAAGAAUACAACUCUCGCGUACUGUACAUCAACCGCAACCCUGACGUGUUCAAGGACAUCAUCAAACACAUGCAGGGGUACUAUGUUGCCGCCCGGGAUGAAGUCCACCUCGAGAACCUCGUCAUGGACGCCCACUUUUUUAAACUCAAACGGCUCGUCGAGAACCUUCGCCAGACAACGUUCAUAAACGUGAGCGGGACACUCUUCAAAGUCUCCCGAGAAACAAUCCUAAACGACUCGCCCAACUUCUUCGGCCUCCUCGAACCCUUCUCCGAUCGAAACCUAACCCCCACGUACUUCUGUCGAUCCCCAGACCUCUUCAAGGAUAUCAUCUCCCAUCUCCAGGGGUAUGAGAUCCCCAUCCGCGAUAGGAUCCAUCGGAUGAACCUCCUCAAAGAAGCCCGGUACUUCAAGUUGAAUAACUUGGUCUCCAAGUUGUCGUUGGGGACAGAGUAUGUAUAUUCGGGAUUCCCGACGCGGCCGGAGGAGAGAAUCAAACCAGAGGUGACGAUGGUGUUGAAGAACAUCAAGGUCAAGCAUGUGAUGGUCAAGGGGUGGCGGGAGUUUGUCGCGUCUUCUUCGAAUAUGCAGCGCGGGAAUGGUGCGGGCAGAGUAACUUCGUCGCCAACGCCAUCGGGUGCUUCACAGUCGCAGCAGCUUGUUGCGGUGGCUUCUGGAGUUCCGACCGGGUACCCCAAGGAUACGUCAGGAGGAUCGUACUUCUCACACCAACCACCAAACAACGCCAACGACCACUCUUCAUCCAACAACCCAAACGCCUCAACAUCCCAAUCUCCCAACCCUUCCUCCACAUCCGACAUAACCAUGCACGACAACUCCACAAAAGAAUCCAUCCUCCAAGCCAACAAACUCCUCAUCUCCUCUCCAGAUCUCCAAGACCUCCUCUACAAACCCACAUCCGAUAUCGAACCCCUCGCCCUCCUCGUCGAGCUCACAUCAACAGAAAUCUUUGCCGUCUGGCCCGGGUCCGUCAACUCCUCCAUGUUGGGCGAUCAACACCUUUUUGUAUACCGGGAUCAGGAUCUGGCGCAGCUCAACAAGAUCUGUAAGCGUCUCGGACUCGCCCAACUCACAAUGGCCGCAAAUGUGGUCAAGCUCUCGCCGAAUUUGUUCUUCCACCUAGAUGGGCAUUCGUACAAGGGCCAGGAUGAACUAGAACCCAUUAUCAGGAGGUUGGCUCUGUCCUCCGCACAGGUGACGCCCCCCGGGAGGGCAUUGAGGUUGUUCCUGGGAAGGGCGCUAGUGAGAGUAGGAUGUAGGGCCGGCCAGCUGGUGAUGACGAUUGUGAAGGCCGAGGGGUGGAGUUCUGAUAAGGAGUAUAAUGCUUGUCGAAAGUACCUUUCUGACGACAUGCGUGAUACCACCUCCAUCUAG